GCGAGGGAAAAGGGGGUAGAGUAGACUUGCUGCUGGCGAGCGAUGAGACAAGACAUGGGCGAUCAGGCUGGAGGGAACUAAGGUCAGUUAGCUAGUGAGGAACAGCUGACUCGCCACAGAGUGACCGCCAGAGGGACACCACGGUGAAUACAGCCGCCAAAGGGGGGAGUAGCAGUGACAUUGGCAUUGAUAGCUGGUUGAUAUAAUAAUAGAAAGUGACGGUAGCGAUAGAGAAGAAGCAAAGAAGAAGCGGAAGUUCUGCUUGCUGGUGACUUCGCCCAGCCACGUGACCCAAGGGCGUCUUUUCUGCCUUUUUUCUGCUUCACCGACUUCCGCCGACUUUCUUCUUCUUCUGCUCGACAUCAACAACCAACAACGACGACCUCUCGCUGCGUGCUGGCUCAAGGGACGCCCCUUGACCUCCAUCAGACCCAGGACAGCUCCAGGUCCUCCUCCUCCCUCCCGCAGGGGCAGACAGCUACCACAUCUCGGCCCGUUGCAUAACCUAAACCGUUUUUUUUACACUACCUGCCUUGCCUGCAGGGAAGACAGACUGAAUACAAAUACAAAACCGACUAUUAAAAACGCCUCAUCCGUCGAGCAGUGUUUCACACACGCACACAUACAUUCAGAACCCUUCUCUCUCCAUCAAAAGCAGUCUUCUGAUUACUGCUUCUAGUGUCCCUCACGAUGACGACCAUGGUUAGUCUAUAUAGGUUCUUGGAGAGGAAAUAUGGCUCGAUCUAACGAUAGAUAGGAUCUCCGUGUUGGAAACAAGUAUCGUAUUGGUCGAAAGAUCGGAAGUGGCAGUUUCGGUGAUAUCUACCUUGGUGCGUCCAGUCUUUCCUACAACACACGUACACACUGAUAUGUCUAACGAUAUGUGCAGGAACAAAUAUCAUCUCUGGCGAGGAGAUCGCCAUCAAGCUUGAGUCUGUCAAGGCCAAGCACCCACAACUCGAAUAUGAAGCCCGCGUCUACAAGUCUCUUGCCGGUGGAGUUGGCAUUCCAUUUGUUCGCUGGUUCGGCACUGAAUGUGACUACAAUGCCAUGGUCAUCGACCUCCUUGGUCCUAGCUUGGAAGAUCUAUUUAACUUCUGCAACCGCAAGUUCUCUCUAAAGACCGUUCUCUUGCUCGCUGACCAGCUCAUCUCGCGUAUCGAGUACAUCCACGCAAAGUCCUUCAUCCACCGUGAUAUCAAACCAGACAACUUCCUUAUGGGCAUUGGAAAGCGUGGUAACCAAGUCAACGUCAUCGAUUUUGGUCUGGCCAAGAAGUACCGUGAUCCAAAGACUCACUUCCACAUCCCUUACCGUGAGAACAAGAACUUGACUGGUACUGCCCGUUAUGCCAGUAUCAACACCCACUUGGGUGUCGAACAAUCCCGCCGUGACGACAUGGAAUCCCUCGGAUACGUCAUGCUCUACUUCUGCCGUGGAUCUUUGCCAUGGCAGGGACUCAAGGCCGCUACCAAGAAGCAAAAGUACGACCGUAUCAUGGAAAAGAAGAUGACCACUCCAACCGAGGUUCUCUGCCGUGGAUUCCCCAACGAGUUUGCCGUCUACCUGAACUACACCCGUUCUCUUCGUUUUGACGACAAGCCAGACUACUCCUACCUCCGCAAGAUCUUCCGAGAUCUCUUUGUCCGCGAGUCGUUCCAAUACGACUACGUAUUUGACUGGACCGUCUACAAGUACCAGAAGAACGCCCAGGCUAUUGCUCAGGCCACUGGAAACGCUGGUAACGGCCAGGAAGAGGAUGAACGCCCCCGCCGCAUUGCCAACGCUAACGUUGCUUCUGGAAACCCGGCAAUCCAAAACAAGCCCACCGUUAUGGCCCCUCGCCGCAAGGUGAUGGACCGUGGAGCUUACGAAAACCCAGAUGCGAACCGUGCAAUUGGCGGAAGCGAUAGGAUGUGAGUAUCUGCAACCGUUGGUUCCGAGUAAGGAACACACCCUCCCCUUUCUGCCAGUGAGCUCGUGCUUUGAAGUGGUCCGUUUGACGAAGACGCUUGGGCUGGCCUGCACGGAGAGGGACAAUCCCUUUUCCUUCUUGUGUUUUCCAUCGAAAAUCUGACUAAUGUUAUAGUUUUCGGCGCUAGGCUUCGUUCCGCUUCUAAAGGUGGUGCUAACCUUAUGGGUAUCGGUGGUUAUCAUUCAUCCCCUUACCACCGUUCAUUGAAGCGGGAUGAUGGUAACAACGGCACUCAGUGGUAAUCAUACAAUGAGCAACACAGUUUUUUCUUCUUUUAAUGAUUUGAGUGGGAUAUUCUUUCCGCAAGAGGGGGGCGUGUUGGGAAGAAUAACUUUUUCCACACGUACUGCACCCCCCAAUGUCCUCUCACGUCUAUCAUUUUCAUAUCCUGAACUUUGGGAAAAGAUCAUUCUUAUCUACCCUAUCGUUCAGAUCUGUCUGUUCUACAACUCUCCUCCCUUGUCAUGACUGUUUAUGCUCCGAUCACAUCGAUUUCCUCUCUUAUCUUGUCUGCUUUCUGGCCUGCAUCUCGAAUCCACCAUUUCAACUGACCGGCACCGACAUCGACACCGGCACUUUUUUUACUAUCCUUUCUUCUCUCGUGGAUUCUUAAUACCAAGAUGGGACCUCGAGAUGCAACCAAGCAGUCGACUAUUUUUCGUGCUCAAGCAGAACUACGUCAUCUUUAUCAUCAAGGGAGCAGAGCUUUUUCAGACAGAGAUUUUUUUUGGCAGGAUAUCGUCUUUCAACAGUUUCAUUGGGCAUGGCUGUUGACGAUCCUGUCUCUCCAUAAUGACCGAGGAUUGAAUGGAUUGAAUCAUCAGAUACGGAACCGGGUUUACUCUUUUUUUACACUUCAACAAAGAAAAAAAUCAGCAACAACACAUACCAGGGCAGCAGCUUCAGUUAAUCAACAUCAACCUCGUCAGGGCGCCGUAUUGUGUUAUUAUCCGGCUUCUUUUCAUCCUCGAUUAUCCAGGCAUUUCUUAUCUGUUUUCCUUUUUUUUUUUUUUUUUUCAUCCCAGCAUCCCCCCUUUUCCCCAUGCUUACGUUUUUUCAUCAUCAAAUUGACGUUUUCUUAGCUUGUUCAUGUCAUGCUUUCAUUUCCUAAUUUUCUUUUGUUAUACUCUGGUCUAUUCUAAUCAAGGGGAGGCGAGGACAGGGGAUGGGCAGUGGAGAAGACUGCACGUUGAGAGUUGAGAGGAGCAUCGGGUAGGGGUAUGGCCGAGGAGCAGCAAGAAGGGCACCGAUAUACACAACGUUCGACAUCCAUUAUUUUUAACAUUGGUCAAAAUACUACAUGCAGCCUCCGCCUUCUUCGGGGUUGGCUCUUAUGUGUGUGUCUAUCGGUACCCUUCGAACACAACUCCACCUUCCCCUCUCUCAACAACAAAUUGGUACACGACGACGGAAUAUGGCUAGGGUCGCUUCCGGGGUGGUAUUAUUAUUUUGUUUCUUGUUUCCCUACAUCACUGGUUUUCAAUGCAUGCUUUUACUUUCUUGUUUCUUUCCGUUGUUUUGCACCCGACCAAUCUCCCCUUAGCAGCACAGCAUUAUUCUUUUUGAGAGGCGAGAAUUUUUUUUUAAGGUCAUUUCACAUUCAAUUCGGAAAGGCAGCUUGAGCAGUGGUGGGCGAUGGAUCGGAUUUGAUUUGGCAAAGGAGAGCACGCGUGAGGAUGAAUUGCUUUGCACAACCGGGGACGAGGGGAGCAAAGAAGCUGAACUGACCUGCCCGAUUGGAGACGAUCCUUCUUUUUUUAACUCUGUUUCCAUUUUGUCCCUUUCUUUCAUGUCUGUCCUUUACCUACACUACUUUAUUUCCAUUAACUAAUUAAGUCAAACUAAAUCACCUAACUUGCCCAUUUUAGCAAAUCUAAACAUCUUACGCUCGCUACCAUAUUCAACCCAAGUCGAUCUAAGUAUAGAGUCUUCCGUUGUAGCUCGUUCGCCAGCUAACCAACCAGUCAGUUAGUUACUUCAAAGCCGAGGCAUCGCUAACAAGGUAGCUAGUUACGUUAGACAAAACGACCAAGACCAGCCAGAACAAGGCAUGAAACAAACACCGUGACAAACCCAGCGGGAACCGGGAGUUCUCCAUCUUUAUCUUAUUACUCUUCCAUAUUCACGGGUGAUGCAGGCCAGUUACCUGAUCACUAGCGGACCCUCGCUUCGAAAGCAGUAGUG